AUGGCUGGAGUGGAGGAUCAACAGCAAAACCAAACUCUUCAGCGGCUAUUAACUUUGGUUGAAGCAGAGCGUAGCUACCAUCAAAGGAUCCUUGAGAUUAUUGAACGGCUCGAAGGAGAGAUGAGAUUUGAGCAACAAAGAAUCGAAGCACCUCAAACUCCACAAGUAGAGAACAUCACAUCUUCGCCUCCACCUUCGUAUCAAGAAGCCAGUAAUGAAGUCGAUACUUCUCAAAUGCAUAAUGGAACAUCAGACGCCAUGGGAUACUUCUUAGGAGAGGUCAUGUUUCCGUAUCAAGCUGAUUCAGUUUUUGAGCUCAGCAUAUCAGUUGGAGACUAUGUUGUUAUCAGAGAGGUUAGGUUUCAAAACCAAAGAAUAUAA